CCUGAAUUGGGAGACCGAGGGGCCCUAUUCCUCGCAGGCCUAAAACUAACAUCAUGAUGCGAACACCGUGCAGGGUGCGGUGGUUCGGAUAGUAUGCAGGUCGGACCUGCCUAGCCUGCAGGGAUGGCCCUGUCUGCAAGUGAGAGGGGAAUCGUGGUGGACUUCGACCGCUGACACUGGGAACUUGGAUCUUGUGUCGAUGCAUUCUUGUGCAUCAAAAUGACAUACAGCUUUCGACUACGAAUUGCGAUAUACGACGGUCGCAGCUGCGAAGCCAUGCAACUGCACCGUUGUCGGAAGAGGUCGUGCUGGCGGAAGGGAGAGGCACGUGAGAUCGCAUUUACUGCCGGUGGCUGAAUUUUUCGGGGAGAAAGGAGAUCGGCAACUCAAAUCACCAAUCGGGCGACGACCUCCUCGUCCGCUGUCUCCCUCCUGCAUCCCUGGACCAGCAGCGCUGCCGCCAUGAUCUCCCGCUCAGCCAGAAAGGUGGAGACGACUUUGCUGUCGUGCUCUAGGCAGAGCCUCCCCCGGCCUGCCCGACUCUACUCGACUCCCUCAAAACGGGCCAACGCACCCGCUCUUGCGACCGCCUCUGCGCCCCCAGAGCCCUUCCCGGCCUACAUGCCCUCCAGCAGCGCUCACUCGCAGCACGACAUGGAAGACUUCCUGCGACGCCGGACACCGUACACUAUCCUCCCUACCCCACCGCUAAAUGCCACCGCAAAAGACCUGCGCACCAUCCUCUUCACGGAUACGCCCACCCAGGACCUGAUUGCGGUUGUCGGUGCGUGCCUGCACAACCUCUACGACGUGCCCCGUGCCAAGUCUAUCUUCGACGACCUCCGCAACUCUGACAAAAGCUCGCUUCUCGACGUGCGCAUGUACAACUCUAUGCUGGACGCCUACCUCGAGAUGGCUCGCGCGAAGGACGCUACCGACCCGGAGAUGUGGAUCGACGAGGCGUGGGCACUGUAUGGUGUGGUGGAGGACGGAAGUGCGCAAAUCCAGCCGACGGCCAAUACGUACGCUUACAUGCUGGCCGCCUGGAUUCGACAUGGGCCGGAGUCUGCGCAGCCGAUGUACUCGGAGAGACAGUGGGAUCCGGCGAUGCUACUCCGGAGUAUGAUGGACCACCAGGUGUUGCCGACGAUGGUGGUAGCUGACCGUGCGUUCGCGUCGUCCGACGAGGCGGCAGAGGCGAUCCAGCUGCUGUCGAAGGCUGCGGUGGAGAUGGGCCUGUCGAACGUGGUCAACGAGCUAGGUAUGGCGGACUCACUCGGUCGUCAAGAAGACGAUCCUUUGGAGAACGUUCCCGAGGCGGUUCCCGUCAAACGACAACUCAAAAAGAAAGAGGCGGACGUUCGUAUGAUGCACGCUGAGGAUGGCAGCGUCGUCGACGUUCACGUCAGCGACGAUGUAGGCGUGCCCGAGCCGGACGUGCCAUUCAACCUCGACACACUGCGGAAACACCUAGCGAAGGUUAUCUUCGCCCGCCGGGUGCUCCCCGAAGACAUCGCAGCACGUCAAAAGCUGCUCGAGGAGUCGGUGUACGACGUCGCUGUGGAGCGCCUCAAGCACACGACGGAGAAGCUUGAGGUGUUGGGGCUAUCAAACUCAGCGCUGAAGACGAAUGACCUGCAACAGUUGAUGUGGCAAUGGCAUGCGUUGUUGAAGGAGCGGUUGAAGGCGGAGAUUGAGAACAUCGCCGUACAGGAGCAGAGACUUAAGGCGAACGCAGAGAUGAAACUUUCUGAGACGCGCAAGAUGAUCGGCUUGAGCCCGUUUCUGUCUCUGUUAACUCCUGAAAAGCUGUCGUUAAUCACGAUCCUCGAGCUUAUGCACAUGCAAGGCACGGGCGGCGUCAAUAUGGGCAUGAAGACGGCGCGGGCUCUGCUGUCUGUCGGCAAGGCGGUCGAGCUCGAGCACAAAGCGGAGAUGUGCAAGAAGCACAACGUCUCCAUCCCCACGUCCGGCCGCGCACCGUCGCACGGGUUCUUCACCAGCCUCGGGUACCGCGAUCUGCAUGCGCAGCGACUCGCGGCGCACAAGUACGUUCAAGAUUCCGAAGAUUGGGCGUCGGAGUGGACACAGGUCGUGCGGGUCAAGAUCGGCAGUUUCCUCGUGGACUGCUUGAUGGACAUCGCCACCGUUGUGCGGACGAAGAAGGACAAGGAUACAGGGGAGGUCUACUCCGAGGAGCAGCCUGCGUUCUUCCACUCCUACGAAUACCUGCGCGGAACCAAGCUCGGCGUCAUCAAGCUGAACCCGGCCAUCGCCGAGAAGAUGGCGAAGGACUCCAUCCGGGAGACCCUGCAUCCGCGUCACUUACCUAUGCUCGUCAAGCCCAAACAGUGGCUCGGCCCAGACCAGGGCGGCUACGUCUACAACAAGACAUGGGCGAUGCGAUUCAAGGAUAGCCAGGAGCAGCAGAGCUACCUCCGCCGCGCGUCGAGUCUGGGCAACCUCGAGCUUCUGUAUACGAGUCUUGACAUCCUCGGGAGCACGCCUUGGCAGAUCAACCGCCAAGUUUUCGACGUCGUACUUGAAGUGUGGAACUCAGGUGAACGCUUCUGUAAGAUUCCUCCAGUCAUCCACGACACGCCCGAGCCUGAGAGGCCGCCAAACGUGGAGACCGACCCGAAGGCUCGCGUCGCGUACCUGACGAGGCUGAAGGCGCACACGGUCGACAAGGCGAACAACCACUCCAAGCGGUGCGAUGUCAACUACAAGAUCGAAAUCGCGCGUACGUUCCUGGGCGAUACGAUUUAUUUCCCGCACAACGUCGACUUCCGUGGGCGUGCAUACCCCCUACCUCCCCAUCUCAGCCACAUCGGCGACGAUUUGAGUCGUGGCCUGCUUUUGUUCGCCGAUAAGAAGCCGCUUGGCGAGUCGGGAUUGCGAUGGCUCAAGAUUCACUUGGCCGGUCUGUAUGGCUACGACAAGGCGAACUUUGACGAGCGGGUGCAGUGGGUGCACGAACGUCUCGAUGAGAUCUACGACAGUGCCGAGAAUCCAAUUGCUGGCCGGCGGUGGUGGACGAAGGCCGACGACCCCUGGCAAUGUCUCGCGACGUGCAUGGAGCUCCGGAAUGCGCUGGACGCGUCCGACCCGCUCGCGUACGAGUGCGCGCUGCCCGUGCACCAGGACGGGACGUGCAACGGGCUGCAGCACUACGCGGCGCUCGGCGGGGACGCGGCGGGCGCGAACCAGGUGAACCUCGGCGUGACGGAUCGGCCGUCGGACGUGUAUACGUACGUCGCGAACAUGGUCGGGGUGCAGAUUGACGAGGGCAUCGAGGCGGGGCAUAAGUAUGCGGUCAUGCUCAAGGGCAAGGUCUCGCGAAAGGUGGUCAAGCAAACGGUUAUGACCACCGUAUACGGUGUGACGUUCGUCGGUGCUCGCGAUCAGAUCGAGAAACAGUUGAAGGAGAGGGGAGAUAUCGCUCCCGAGGAGUGCUGGCUAGCAGCUUCCUACUUGGCGAAGCUGGUCCUCGGAUGCAUCGGCGAUCUGUUCAAGGGCGCGAAGGACAUCCAGGAAUGGUUGAACAUCUGUGCUCGUCUGAUCGCAAAGUCUAUUCCCCCAGAGCGAGUCGAUGACUCGGUGCGGAACCUCAAGUCGUCGAUGUCGUCGAUGACGAAGGAGAUCCGCGACGCCGAGCUGGUCAAGCUCAAGAAGGAGCAGAUGACGAGCGUGAUCUGGACGACGCCGCUCGGUCUGCCCAUCGUGCAGCCGUACAGGGCGACGAAGCGCAAGCAGAUCAUCACGUCUAUGCAGAGUGUCUACAUCUCCGAUCCCAACAUCCCUACAGCUGUGAACGCGACGAAGCAAGCGUCCGCGUUCCCGCCGAACUUCAUCCAUAGUCUGGACGCUACGCACAUGAUGUUGACUGCCCUGGAGUGUCGGUCACAAGGGCUGACAUUCGCGUCCGUUCACGACUCGUAUUGGACGCACGCCGGCACGAUCGAUCAAAUGUCCACGGUCAUCAGGGACACGUUCAUCGCGCUGCAUUCCUCGAACGUCUUGGAGCGGCUAUACAAUGAGUUCCUCGAGCGCUACAAGGGCUAUGUGGUUCCGUUCAGUGCUCUCAAGUGGGGCAAGGUCCUUCAGAGGUACGGUGUCACGCCCGGCAAUAUCAAGGUCAAGACCUUCCCGCAUAGCUUCAUGGAGUCCGCCGACGCUGCGGACGUCGCCGCGGCUGUAGAGAAAUCUGAAGAGGCUGCGACGGAGGACGCAGAUGAGGCCGCGGUGGAGGACGCAAACGAGGCUGCUGACUGCGUGGAGCUCAGCGAGGACAAGGACGAGGACGCGACGGAGGGAGCGGUGGAGCCGGCGAAAGAGAAAUCGCUGCGCCGGCUGAAGGACAAGUUCGCCAGAGAGGUGCUGCAGCAGUCGAGCGAGGUGGGCCCGCUGGAGGCGAAGCUCCUCGACCUCGGCAGCGUGCUCCCGCCUGUCCCGAAGCGGGGCGACUUCGACGUGCACACGAUCAAGCAGUCGCUCUACUUCUUCUCGUGAUCGGGCUCCCGCUUUCUGUGCUUGCGUCUCGCGCUUUGCGGCUUUUGCUUUACUGACACUCACCCCUCAUCCCUGCACCGUUUGCCGUCUGUUAUUGCAUUGCUCCUGCUUAUAUUUGCUCACGCAUCUGGUUUAGUUCGUCACGCUUUCGGCCUUCACAUGUCUAUCGUAGCCAUCCACGCAUCGUGUAUACUGAUCAUACUACACUACUAUCACUUAUUCUUAGACGAGAACAAAUGUCAUGGAGGUCGUUUCGCAGAUAGCUCGGGUGGUGUGCCA